CAAAACUGGCACACGGGCGGUUUGCUUCAAAACAUUAUGGCGUCCAGAAGAACAUCAACAGCGCCGAGCUCUUUCAAAAGUUCCACCACUGACACUAAAAGCUCGAAAAGUGGCAGCAAUGCUUUUAAAGUCACAGUCAGUGGACUUGAAAAGAAACCUGUUAAAACAAGUGGGAAUGUUGUCAAGUCUCGAUAUAUGCAGUCUGCUGAGAAGUCAUCUAUCUCAAAGAGUAACUCACUGACCAACGAGUCCUCUGCUGUGCCGCUGAGGCCGUCCUCACCUAAACCCAGUGGAGUCAAACCGAGAGUGGGCACCCCCCCGAGACGCUCCAUGGCCCCACAGGCUACAUCUGAGCCUUCAUUGCUCGGUAGAAGUAUUUUGCAGUCCACUUUCUCAGAUGGUCAUGGACACUGCUUCAAACCAAAUUUUGACAUUUCAGUCAUUAAAGAGAAAUCAGUUAUGGAAAAUGCAGCAGAGCCCGAGAGAAAUCCAGAGACAGAGAAGUGUAUCAUUGAGAUGCAGACAUUCCUGCUGGCCUAUCUCACAGCUGAGAUGGAGAGCAACACUGCAAAGCUUAAGGCUGAGGCAGAAGCAAGGAUCCUGCAGGAGAUGGAGGAAGAAGAGGCUCUGUAUAAUGAAGUCCAGGAGAAGAAACGUCAGUACCUCGUCAUGGAGAAGGAAAGGCUAGCGCAUGAGCUACUAGAUUUACAGGUCAGGAUUAUUUUGUAA